GAGGCGGUGCAAAUCGAUGGCGACAUUCUAUUUCAAGUGCUAAAAGACAAGUCGCGUCUGAGCUACAAACAUUUGAAGAAACAUCGCGUUGAACCGGUACUUUAUAUGGUCGAAUGGUUUAUGUGUAUAUUUUGUCGCACGCUUCCAUGGCCUACAGUACUACGAGUAUGGGACAUGUUCUUCUGUGAAGGCGUCAAAGUGCUUUUUAAAGUAGCAGUGGUUCUUUUCCGGCACGGUCUUGGUACUAAUGAUCAGUUGAAAGAAUUCAACGACUUCCAGUCUAUCGUGACGCGAUUGAAGAAUCUUCCAGAAAAGAUAAUGGUUGAAGAAUAUCUCAUUCAGAAGGUAUUCUCUCUUAUAUUAUUUCUGAUCACUAAAUAUGUGCAUUCAAACAGGCCCAUUAACCAUUCACAGGAUUUUUUCCAGACAGUCUGUGUUGAGGGUCCCAAAUCGGUUCUGUUGGUGAGGCGCUCCCACACGUCGGGCAGCUAUGCCAGGCCGUGUUACAUACCUUCAGAUGUGCUUUCCAAGCGUAGAAAGCAUGUUUGA